AUGAAGGACACAGGCAGUGGAAACCUCACCACCAUCUCCCACAUCCUCCUCCUGGGAUUUGGGAACCUCAAGGAACUUUGGAUCCCACUCUUUACUGGCUUCCUAGCUGUCUAUAUCAUAUCCAUGGCCGCCAACCUCCUCCUGGUGGUGCUGGUGGUGCUGGACCCCCAUCUCCAGACCCCUAUGUAUUUCUUCCUCUCCAGCCUCUCCUGCCUGGUGAUUGUCUCCACCUCCAACAUCUCCUCUGUGAUGCUCACUGGUCUCCAGACAGGCAAUGUGAUGAUAGCUCUUGGCGGCUGCCUUGCGCAGCUUUAUCUCUUCGGCGCCCUGGCCACCGUAGAGUACUUCCUGCUGGCAGCCAUGUCUUAUGACCGGUAUUUGGCCGUGUGCUGCCCACUCCACUACCCUUCCCUCAUGGACAGCAGGGUCUGCAGGCAACUGGUGGUUGGGUCCUGGGUGGGCAGGUUCCUGUUCAUGAGGAUUUUGUCACUGUUGCUUAUAGCCUUGAGCUUCUGCGGGCCCUGCGAGAUAGACCACUACUUCUGUGAUUUCCAGCCCCUCCUGGAGCUCUCCUGCACCAACACCUCCAUGGUCCAGACGGUCACGAGACACAAAGCCUUCUCCACCUGCUCCUCCCACCUCACUGUGGUGACACUGUUCUACGGAAUGCUGGUGGCCGUGUACAUGUCCCCCAGGGAUGGCACGGGGCUGAACCCCAGCAAGGCACUCUCCCUGCUCUACAGAGUGCUCACCCCACUCCUCAAUCCCUUCAUCUACAGCCUGAGGAACCAGGAGCUGUGA